CGGAAGUCAUAUUUACAGGCUCCUCACGUUGUAGUAAGCAUGGCUCCAGGUGGAAAAAUCAACAAGCCUAAAACAGAAUUGGGGAAAAAUCUCUUCAAGAGGAGGAGAGUUCUGACAAAGCAGAGGAGGAAGAAACAUUGCAUUAUUGGGGCAGUGGUGGACGAAGGCCUUAUAACAAAACACCACCUGAAAAAAAGAAGCACUAGUUCUAGGGCAAACAUCACUUUGUCUGGGAAGAAAAAAAACAAGUUACUCAAGCAGCUGCGCCACAUGGAGAAAGAAAAGUCAAGCAUGCAAGUUGAAACCGUUUCAGUGAAGAAAGCUCCUGCUCCUGCUGCUAAGAAAACUUCUACUGCCAGACAGCAAACAAAAAAUCCCUCCUCAUCCGCUGAUGUUGAAAUGAUGGAUGUGCAAUAAAUGAACAAUUUUUUGGAGUUCACUGCAACUGUGCUUGACCAAAGGGACUGACAAAUAUUCACUAGUUAUGGUGCAAGCUGUUGGUCUUCAGAUGUGCACAUCAGCUGAAUACUACUGUUACUUGCUACUAUAAUGCAAGUCUUUCUGGUUAAUAAGCCUUUGUGGAUGCCUGUGCCUGUGUGUUAGGGAUCCAUAAAGAAUAUUUUUUAUUGUUGUUUCUGCUGCCCUUUUUAUAAUAGUCCAGAUAUCUGCUUUAUAACUGCACUCAGUACAAUAUAUGCAUAAUAAAAACAUAUGAUUGCAGAUACAAAUA